UCUUCUUCUUCUUCUUCCCCAAUUUACCGAUCUCUUUCUAUGUUUCCUUCCCCAUGCGAUCGAAUCUCUUCAAUUUCGUAUUGUUCACACUCUGCUUUAUCGAUUUUGUAAACUCAGUGUAAGCUCGAUUGAAUGUCCAGUGCCCAAACUCCAUUGUCCUCGGCAAAUCAAACAAACGUAUUCAAUCAUCUGAUUCCUUUCCGUAAACCCUUGAUUCCCGAAUCCUUCCCUAUGUGGAGAAACAUCGCUAAACUCACCAUUUCAAGGUCAGCUCGUAGCCUUCUCGGGUUUUCCCACGAUCCCCUCCUCGUAUCGAAAGCCUCAACCUUUCGUCUCCCUCUCUUCCCGGACUCAAAAUCUCACGAAUUGGGUUUUUUUACCGGGCGGGUCGGAUCCAUCAAAUGUCGCGAAUUGGGAUUCGGCAGAGGGUACACGAGCGUAGCGGAAGAGGUCUCGUCGUCGUCGACAGACGUGGAGGAAGAUCCUUCGGUUAUCAUCGACGAGGUUCAGGAGCUAUUGAAGGAGAUGAAGAAAGAGAAGAAGAGAGAGGAUCACCGCUCGUGGAGGAUGAAGAAUCAAGAGAACGUGGGAAUGGGUCGGAGUAAGUAUCGGAAUCUGUGGAGGAGGCAAGUUAAGAUCGAGACUGAGGAGUGGGAGAGAGCUGCUAAUGAGUAUAGGGAGCUUUUGGCUGAUAUGUGUGAGCAGAAGCUUGCUCCUAAUCUUCCUUAUGUCAAGUCCUUGUUUUUGGGGUGGUUCGAGCCGUUGCGUGAUGUUAUUGGUAAGGAGCAGGAGUUGUAUAGGUUAGGGAAGAGUAAAGCGGUUUAUGCGCAUUAUAUUGAUCAGUUGCCUGCCGACAUGGUUGCUGUUAUCACUAUGCAUAAGUUGAUGGGGCAUUUGAUGACUGGUGGGGAUAAUGGUUGUGUUAAGGUUGUUCAGGCUGCUUGUUCUGUUGGCGAUGCUAUUGAACAAGAGAUAAGAAUAUGCACGUUUCUGGAUAAGACGAGAAAGAAAAAGGAGGAUGACACUGAGGAGAGUGGGGAAGUUGAAAAUGGAACUUCUUCAAUGAAAGAACAAGAUAAGUUAAGGAAAAAGGUCAAUGACUUGAUAAAGAAACAGAAGCUGUCAGCAGUUAGAAAGAUAUUGGGGUCACAUGAUUAUACAAAACCAUGGAGCGCAGAUGCUAGGGCGAAGGUUGGAAGUCAUCUUAUAGAGUUGUUGGUAAGAACAGCUUAUAUACAAUCCCCAGCUAAUCAGCAGGAUAAUGAUCUGCCUGAUGUCCGACCUGCCUUUAAGCAUACCUUUAAGACAGUAGCGCAAGGAAGCAUGAAAUCUGGGAGAAAAUAUGGUGUAAUCGAGUGUGACCCUUUGGUCCGCAAAGGCUUGGAAAAAACUGGGAGAUAUGCAGUGAUGCCAUACAUGCCAAUGCUGGUUCCCCCUCUCAAAUGGUCGGGAUACGACAAAGGUGCUUACUUGUUCUUAGCGUCUUAUAUCAUGAAAACUCAUGGAGCUAAGCAACAACGAGAGGCAAUUAAGAGCGCUCCCAAAGGACAACUAAAACCAGUCUUCGAGGCCCUGGAUACACUUGGAAGUACUAGAUGGAGAGUAAAUAAGCGAGUCUUAACGGUUGUAGAUAGAAUAUGGAGCAGUGGCGGCUGUGCUGCUGAUCUGGUGGAUCGCAGCGAUGUUCCUUUACCCGAAAAGCCGGACACUGAAGAUGAGACCAUUCUUAAGAAAUGGAAGUGGGAAAUGAAAUCUGCUAAAAAGGAGAACAGCGAGAGACAUUCUCUGCGCUGUGACAUAGAACUCAAGCUUUCUGUAGCACGAAAAAUGAAAGAUGAGGAAGGUUUUUACUAUCCCCACAAUGUUGACUUCCGGGGACGUGCAUAUCCCAUGCCCCCACACUUAAAUCAUCUCGGUUCUGAUCUGUGUCGGGGUGUUUUGGAGUUUGCUGAGGGAAGGCCUCUGGGAAGUCCAGGACUGCGCUGGCUGAAGAUACACUUAGCAAACUUGGUUGCUGGUGGUGUAGAUAAGUUAUCAUAUGAGGGACGUCUAGCUUUCACCGAAAGUCACUUGGAUGACAUAUUUGAUUCCGCAGAUAGACCACUUGAAGGAAGCAGAUGGUGGCUGCAAGCUGAAGACCCUUUUCAGUGCUUGGCUGUUUGCAUAAAUCUCACUGAAGCUCUCAGAAGUCCAUCUCCGGAGACUGUUCUCUCACACAUUCCUAUACAUCAGGAUGGUUCCUGCAAUGGUUUACAGCAUUAUGCCGCGCUUGGGAGAGACACAAUAGGAGCAGAAGCUGUUAAUCUAGUUGCAGGUGAGAAGCCGGCAGAUGUUUAUUCAGAAAUAGCUACCAGGGUUUUUGAAAUUAUGCGCCGAGAUGCAGAAAAAGAUCCUGAAAUAUAUCCAGAUGCAUUGCGUGCAAGAAAAUUACUCAACCAGGUGGAUCGGAAGCUUGUAAAGCAGACGGUUAUGACAUCAGUCUAUGGUGUCACCUAUAUUGGUGCCCGGGAUCAAAUAAAGAGAAGGUUGAAGGAGCGCAGUGCAUUUAGUGAUGACAAAGAAAUUUUUGGGGCGGCUUGCUAUGCAGCAAAGGUAACAAUGGCUGCUAUGGAUGAAAUGUUUGAAGCUGCACGAGCCAUCAUGCAUUGGUUUGGUGAAUGUGCAAAGAUUAUUGCGUCAGAAAACGAAACAGUACGAUGGACAACACCAUUGGGUCUUCCUGUUGUGCAACCUUAUCUCCAAAUGGGAACAAAACUCGUAAAGACAUCCCUCCAAACCUUAUCGCUUCAACGUGAAACUGAUAAGGUCAUUGUCAGGAGACAAAGGACAGCAUUUCCUCCAAAUUUUAUUCACUCCCUCGACGGGUCUCAUAUGAUGAUGACUGCAGUUGCCUGCAAAAGAGCAGGCGUGUGUUUUGCAGGAGUUCAUGACUCAUUUUGGACACAUGCGUGCGACGUUGAUAAAUUAAAUAAGAUAUUACGGGAAAAGUUUGUUGAGCUGUAUUCACAACCGAUACUAGAGAAUCUGCUGGAGAGCUUUGAGAAAUCGUUUCCUCAUUUAGAGUUCCCUCCUCUGCCUGAACGAGGAGAUUUGGAUUUAAAAGUUGUGUUAGAGUCACCUUAUUUCUUCAACUGACAAAGAAACCUAUGGCUUCACUAGCUGCUCCGCAGAGUGAUCUUCCAAAGCUCUCAGGAAACAAGAUGAGAAAGAACAGGGUAUCUUCUCAUCCCGGGGCUUGAGCUGUGUGUAAGAAGGAGAGAAAGCUUCUUGCAAGGACCAGAGCUAGGGAAAAGCUUUCUGCGUUUUUGUUUACAGAGACGCAGUCAAAGAUAAGAGUUAACAUGAAAAAGUUUUGACACUUUUUGUUCCACACUGUGCUGAUGAGAUAAAGAGUAGUACCGUAACUUGGUUAGGCUUUGUUUGAUGUUGUGUUGUAAACCGGUCGGUACACUGUAGGCAACUACUGUAUCAGGGUGGAAGGGCUUGUAUAAGAGAUGGAUUAACUGAGAAACAGAAUUGGAAGUUAACUUUUUUCAGAAUAUAGAGAUUAAAGUACAUUUAGUUCAUCUAUU